AUGCCGAACAUUUUCCGCAGCUUCUUGUCGAAUCGCUACAACGGCAAGCAAGACCGCUCUUCCGAGCGCUAUGAAGCCAAUUGCCGCACUGUACCCAACACGGCACAAAUGCCGAGACCAGAGCCGAUGGGAACCAUCAAAAAGUGGAGCAGCGAACGUGUAUCAAAUCGCUUGUCGAAUUUUACCUUCCACUACGGCAGUGGGGUCCCGAACAACAACUGGCUCAGUAGCGAUGAUAUACCCAUCGUAACGAGGCGCGAGUUGGAGGAAACAGCGGGCCAGCUGAUGGCCCUUCAGCCCAUUAAUGAGGGGACCGAGUUUAGCCACACCAUCUGGAAAAUGGGGAUGCCGAGGCGACACCCGGAAAAGGGCAAGGACGGUGCCAAAAUAGGCUACAUCCAAAUGGUGACCAAAACAAAUAGAUGCCUCAGAUCCAAUGAGAAUAAGUACUCUCCGGCCAAUGUUCCACAGUGCACCGAACAGCAGGAAGGGCAGCUCCUCUACAGCGGCACGAGAAGGAGCAGGGCCGUGGCUCCGUUUGUCUGCCCCGAGCCAAAAUGCCUCAUGGAAUUCGCCAAUCGCCCCAAUCUGCGCUCACACCAACGCGCCAACGGACACCACAACUGGCCGUAUCAGUGCGUCCACUGCCGUACCUACUUCAAGCAGAUAAACUACUUGAAUCUUCAUAGCACCGCCUGUCGCUUGAAACUGGCUAACGGUGUUUAA